AUUUCGUUUUAUGGCAAAAUCUUGAAUAUUAUUUUUCGGUAUGUAUUAGCGCUGUUAUUAUCUGCAUCAUUAUCGUCCACUGAAAAAUCUCGCAAAUGGGUGAAAAUUUACAUAAAAAGUCUGACUUAGAAGUUGAAAAUGAGAAUGUCGUCGUUGACUCAGUACUGAUGCAUAAAGCUACACCAGAAUAUCUUCAAGAACUACUAAAAGACAAAAGGCAGCUGCAGAAUUUCCCAAACAUAUUUUUACACUUAGAAUUCAUUUUGGAGAAAGAAAUUACUCGCGUAAGGCAAAAGCUAUUUCAUUUAAACGAAUCAGUAAAGAAAACUGAAAACGAGCUUCCAGUACCCUCCGGAAAUAUUGUGUCAUUACAAGAGAAGGUGUUUGUUCCUGUGAAGGAAAACCCUAAUUAUAACUUUGUUGGACGCCUUCUCGGUCCGAGAGGAUUGACUGCGAAACAGCUUGAACAAGAUUUGGAGUGUAAAAUCAUGGUGAGAGGUAAAGGAUCACUUAGAGACAAAAGAAAGGAGGAUUCAAACAAAGGAAAACCAAACUGGGAACACCUGGAUGAGGAGUUGCAUGUUCUGGUGAGCGUCGAAGAUUUUGAAAGUCGUGCGGCGAUUAAACUGAGAAGAGCGUCUGAAACAAUUCGUGCAUUUCUUGAGCAAGGAGUGAGAACGCCUGAUGGAGAAGAUCAGGUGAAGAAACGCCAGCUUAUGGAAUUAGCAAUUAUCAAUGGUACUUAUCGAGCUGUGAAUCAACGUUCCAUUUUCCUCCCUUCAACAAAUUUAGCAAGUGAAUUACCUUUGAGGGAUGAGGAUUUACACCAACAAUAUAUAAAUGAACAUGUGAUAAGGCGCUCUCACAGUCCGAUCGAUAAUUCAGAUAUAGCGUUCAAUCAUAAAGAUCGUCAGCAAGCACAUAUUCAACAAGUUCAACAACACCAACAGCUCAUAUUACAACAUCAGUCACUUACUGUAUUAAAUCAUCAAGCGGCUGCAGCAGCGGCAGCUGCAGCAGCUGCAGCUCAAAUAUUACCAUCAAAUAAAUAUUCUUCAACUAAUAUUUUACCUCAGAUUCAAUCUCAGGUUCUUCCUGUAUCACUGGCAACAAACUGUUUACUUCCUGGAACAGUGAAUUCUGCAUUAUCUCAAGCUAAUUCAAUACAUUCCAUUCCAAAUAAUCAAUUAUCUCAUUCUAUCCCAUCUUUUAGCUCAGCGAAUUUAUCUACGUAUUUACCAAAUAAUAAUAUAUCCGGACUUUUAUAUCCUUUGACGGCAAAUGCAGCUUUAUCUGCAGCCGUCAGUACAGGAUCAGCUACAAAUAAUGGGCAACUUAAUCUAACUCUUCCUUUAAGCCAAAUCGCUGGCGGUAUUACUGGGAAUGGACUUUCUGGUUUAUCCCUGCCGAUUGGUUCUACGUUGCAUGCAGCCAGCCAUGAUCAGUUAGCUGCUGUUGCAGCUGCUCUCCUUAGUGGAAGUGGAACAGGAGGUAUUGGUGCAAGUAAUUCAAAUUUACAGUUAUGCAAUGGUAAUGUGAAUAAUCCUGUAUCAGGUGCUCAUAGUUACCCAAUCACUUCACAUACAUCACUUGCAGAUGCUGUAAAUAUUCUGGAAUUCAACAACGCAUCAAAUACACAAGAAACUGGUUCAGGUAGUUUUAAGUUUAAACUUACUUCCUUAAAGAUAAUAUAAUCUAUUAAAACAUGUUCUUAAAAUUAUAUAAAGCUUUUGCCAAUGCACUUUGUAAACUUCAAGGUUCUCAAUAUUUGUCUCAGUUCAAUGUUAUGCUUUACAGAUAUAAGUUGCUGAGGAUGUGUAUAAGUCGGAUAUGCUAGUUCCCAAUUAUUUCGUAGAUUAGUACCGUUGUUUAGUAUAAGAAUAGGGUUAUAGUCUCUUACAUUUGACAGGUUAAUUCCAGAAGUAACUUCUGGUUUUGUCAGUAAUUUCAAAUACAUACCAACCUUAACAGAAAAAAUGUUUACAGAACUUGUAUAAUAAAGUCAUGAACAAACCUAGUGAAAAUAAUACACCUAUUAUUAGUGUUAAUAAAUCUGAGCGACUUAUUAAGCAAACAGCAAAUUCAUUUAGUAAUGGAAAUAAUACUAGAACAAAGAAAAUCACGUUUUUGACUCUAUAAUUUUUUGAAGCUUCACAAUUGUAUUUAUAAUUAUUAUAAACAGAUCACAGUCUAUUAUUGAACAAUGGAUUAAGAUUGGGUUAUUGACUAAGUGUUCAAGUAUCAUAACGAGCAGAAGCUAUUGGAUGUUCAGUGACCUUCGGACAUGAUUCCAUGCAAAUAAGUCAUAUUGUAUGUAAUUGUUUAUUUUGCCCUAUACUUUGAUGUACAAGUGUGUUAUCUGAGUAGGAACAAGUUUAAGGUGAUCAGUUGUUCUUUAUAAAAUACGUUCAUUAUAGAGUUUUGCUUGAAUAAUUUAACUUUUUUUACAUACAGUUAUCGUUCAAAUACUUCAGAUUUCAUCGUGUAGUCAAUAACUCAUAAUAAAAUGCCAGUUAUAUCUGAUGUUUAAGUCAAUAAGCAGUUGUUAGAACCUCAGUUGGAAUAGAUGAAAUUUUCUUAAGACCAAUUGUUACUGUUACAGUUAAAACUGAGGACGAAAAUUUUUAUACAAAACUGAAGUUGUUUAUACAAUGGAUUGUAAGCUAAGGUCAUUAAUUCAAAAAUCACAUUGUCUAAGGAAUUGGAAGUUGUUUACAGAUGCGAAAUAUCAUAGUAGAUAUCAACAUGAUAGAAUCAGAGAAGACGAUAUAAGAAAUAUAGCAACAUCGAAGGCAUUGUAAGUAAUUGUAAAACUGUUAGAAAUAGAGGUUGAAUUACUGGAAAUUAAGUGGUCAGAGAUGUAAUAUGUACAUAAAGUAGUGGAUUUAAUUCACACGUAACUGUUUUAUACAUGCUACUGGCUAGGAUCUUUUUAUUUGACACUGUAAUAUUCUAUAGAAGGUACUUAUUAAGCUUUAUGCAAACAACAGCAUUGAUAAGUACGGGAAAUUAUACUUUUGAAAUAAUUUUCCAAAUUAUUUAUUUACGUUUGUUACGUGCGUAUUAUUUAAAAAUGUCAACCUACCAUGUUUUGUAGGACCACUUAAAUUACGUUCCUUGCAAGCCACAUCAUCCUCAGUUUCUCGAAUGCAUCCAUACCUAAGACAGUAAUCAAUGAAUGACGUCAUUGUUGCAAAUAAUACAAAAUCUGCUUAUAUCCAUGACAAAUAGCAGCUGUGAAUUAUUGUGAUUUUUAAUUUACCAGCAGGCUUUCAUUAAAUAAUCAAAAACAGUUUAUGUGCUUUCGUAUCACAAAUGCAAAUGCUUAAUAUCUAACCAGUUCAUUUGUCUUCUCUUAGUGUACUACAUGUAAAUUAAAUUGACUUACUCAAACAUCCCUUAUAGUUACUUGUUAUGCUUUUAUUUUCUACGAAACUUUGCUCAGAACUUGUAUUAUUAUAGUUUUUAUUACUACUGCAUAGGAUAGGGAAAAUAGAGACUGCUAUGUUAAAAGAAAAAUAUUUUGAUAUGGUUUUUUUCAUAGACACUAUCCAUGACACAAGAGUAAAUUGUCAGAGUUAUUAUAGGUGGGAAUUUUUGACUGUACUAUCAACUCGAAUCUACAUCAUGCAUACUGACUAGUAUCUUUGUUGUUAUUCUCAGUUAUAUCGAUAAUUUUCAUCACGAAUAACAAUGACGGUUAUUGUAUGUUCAAUAUACAUAUAUAACGAAUGUGUUCUAAUUUUGUUUUUAUUUAUUUUAAAUAAUAUAAAUUUGUGUGGAUUGAUGUAAAACAAGUUUAAAUAUCUUCCCUUCUACCAUUACAGUAGACUUAUUUUAAACUCUAACUAUGUGUAUAUUUGAUAUUACUGUACUAAACGUUUCCGUUAUUGUCAAUUUGUCGUUUUGUGAUUGUUCUCCCUGUUUUUUUCAUCCUAUUUUCUCUAAUUCAUAUCAUACAACAAAAUGUUUGACAACCAUGACAGAAAAUCUAGUUAUGAGACUGUUUUUUAUUUGCCCGUUUUUAGCACUGCCUAAGAGUAAAUUUUUAUCUUCCAGCCCAUAUUACUUUGUUAAAUUUUUUAUACAGUUGCCUAGAUAUUUUGGUUUGACGCUCAUUUCUCUUCAUCUUUUAUUUAAAUGAUUGUGUAAUCGCAUAACUAUAUUAAGUUUAAAAUAAAACUUGUUUGUGAAAACUUGUCUAGAUCCUUUUCUAUGAUGCAUUACUUUUUAAAAAAAAACAAAUUACAUCACUUCAUUUUCAUUACUUGAUUUCUUGUAUGAUCUAUUGAAAUGACAAUAUGUUCAUGGGAUUAUUAGCAGUCAGAGUGAUAUUGUCUUCCUUAUGAAUGUACCUCCCCCAACCCUUAACUUUUGUCUUCUAUUUUAAUUAUUUAUUUUUAAGUUCCGUUUUAUUUUUUCCUUAUAUAUGACUUCAAAAAUGACCAUUACUACGUUUCCAGCAUUUUUGAUCUGUCAACUCAGCUACUGAGUUAAAUUUACCUGUCAGUUUAUUUACAGGAUGAAAAUACGUUAAGAGAUGUGGUGAAAAAGUGUUGCAAAAGCCAGAAGAAAAACGAAGAACAAAGUAGUUCCGGAAAAUUAGAAAUGAAGAGACAGCAAAACAGAAAGUCUAAGACAAAUAAUACUUAUUUUUUGUUGAAAAACGUUUACUUUUCUAAAAUAUUGUUAUUUUUUCCUUUGUUAGUACAUGUAUUUGAUUAACGGACCAGACGAUUGACAGGAUAAGGAUUCUCGUCAAUACUUCUAAUGGGACACAUCUUAAUGCAAAUGGCUUAGAAACUGUUGGUAGGAUAAACAUUAGGUUUUUUAUAUUUUCAGAAAAUCCGUAAAUUAAACAAAAGAGUUGUAGUGUUUUUAACUUAUAUAUUUGGCAUACUAUUUCACGCACCGAUUUCUAAUACUUACACUAUAUAAUGUAAAUUAAAGAAUCGUUUAUAUUUAUCGAAAAUUGAUAAAAUUCUAUGCUUUUUCUAAGAUAAUCUAUCUUUAUGUAUGGGCGCUAAUUAUGUCAGAUAGCUACAUGGAUUUAAUUUAUAUGAUCCAGUUACUUAAAUGGAUAUAGUUUUUAAUUCGGAAGCUGUUAUCUUUUGGAACCAAAUCUAGGGUUAUACACGAUCUGAUUUAAGUUAGACUACCACUGAAAACCUAGAAUCAUUGGACGGCCAUUUCAUCCUAGUAUAUGAGUCUUCAGCAGCGCGAAUCCACAACCCUACCCUUGCGAACAGGACCUAGAAUCUUCUAUCUCGUGUCCGAACAUUUAAACUCUAGACCAUGUGCUUACUAGUGACUAUCAUUGAGAGGAAUUUUCUGAAGUCCUAGUGAGAGACUGUGACGAGUGGAGCUAAACGGUAUCGACCAUGAGACAGUUACCCACCAAGGGCAGUGGAAGAUGGUUAUGCAAUUUUGUGAACUGAUCAAAGUAAAAAGUUAAUACUGUUGGAUAUCAAUUCAAUGGUCUAGAUGUUAAGCGUUAGCGCGAGGCCGU